AUGGAGGUUACGAGGAAUAACUUUGCCCGGCUUCUGCCACGGAUGUUGCAGGAUAUAGGAGACUGUUCCUUCGUUGCCCUCGAUUUCGAAUUCUCGGGUAUCUUUAACCAGAAGACACGGCCUGCUUCAGCUUAUGCUGACGGUGACCUGAGUCUGCAGAAGCGGUAUGAAGAGGUGAAGCAGGCUGCGGAGGAGUACCAGAUCCUCCAGGUUGGCCUCACGUUAGUGGUCGAGGAUAGCGAGAAUGGUAACUAUUCGUUGCGGCCAUAUAACAUCCCUCUGAGCCCAGUCCUAGACCCAAAACUAGAAGUUGAGAGAAAAUGGUCCUUUCAGAGCAGUGCUGUGGCUUUCUUGAUGUCCCAUGGGUUUCGGGUAGAAUCUAUUUUUACAGACGGGGUUCCCUAUAUCUCGAUGAAAGAGGAGCAGGAUGCGAUGGAUCGAGCACAUCAAGAUAAAUCAUCAAUAUCCCCAAUCAACUUUGACACAUUGGCGGCAGAUCAGGCAGAGUUCAUUCGACAAGUCCGGCAUGAUAUAAAGGAGUGGAUCGAGAAACCUAGCCCCAAAGACGCCUAUUUGAAUGUCCCAAAGCCCGCUGGUAUGACUGGUGCUUAUAAACUUCCCUUGGAACUGGAUAAUUAUCAGAAACGGCUUGUCCAUCAAAUCGUCCGAAGCGAAUACGCUGGCUAUGUGAGCUUGGGCAAGAAAUCUUUCAUUCAGAUACUCCCAUAUGAUAAGGUGCGGGAGGAUAAGUUUAUUGAAAAGAAACUCCAGCGUACUCGUGGCAAUAUAGCUAGCCAGAAGGGGCUCAGCUGGGUCAUCGAAGCUUUGAUGGGAAGUGAUCUUCCAAGGCUUGACUUGAGACUCCUCUGGAAGCCCGAUGGCAUGUUCACGGCGGCCGAAGGAAGUAAACUUACAAAGGAGAGUGAGGCUCUCCGCGAAAAGCUGAAGUCAGGGCCACCUGUUUUAGUUGGCCAUAACCUUUUCACAGACCUUGUCAAUUUUUACAAGUGUUUCAUUGGAGACUUACCUCGUCGUGUGGAGGACUUCCAGCAGUCAAUCAACGAGCUAUUUCCCCUAGUCAUCGAUACGAAGUACUUGGCAACUGCUGGGGGAGUGUUACGAGAAGCAUCCUCAGCCCUGUCAACACUCUGUGAAAACCUAGGUGCAAGGGAGGUGCCAAAAUUCGAAACCCACCCGGAUCACUCUGCAUACACCGUCAGUACCCCGAUACACGAAGCGGGGUAUGACAGCCUUAUGACAGCCCAGAUUUUUCUUAAACUAGCAGUACAGCUUUAUGAAACAAGCAGUUCAAGAGAGGCACUUCUCAAUCGAGCCAAUAGGGACGCCGCCGAGGUCGACCUGAUGGACCUCUCGACCGAACCCGACGAGCCGUCCGAGGAACAAGAAGAAAUGACAGCAAAUGCAAUGCAGCAAAAACUCGUGUAUGGCCAUGCUACCAAAUUUGACCUUCUGUUGGACAUGGAUGAAGAAGAAAGCGGCGCAAGCUCCAUGGGUCUCUCUGAGCAUGACAACCUUAUUGAGAAGAAAGUAAUUGAAGGCAAGCUGCUUCCAAGGCUUGACGAUGACUUUUGGAGCGAGUACAUAAACAAGCUUAGAGUCUUUGGAACAACUGAGGAAGUGUGUGACCUGAGCGUACACCCAUCGACUUUGGAACCAGAAAUUAUUAAUUAG